ACAAUGAUCAUAACAAAAUUUGUCUAUUUUUUGACGUAGUACAUUUAUUCAUUUCCGCAUUAAUUGUUUUCAUCACGUUUUUUUGAAGUUGAAAAUUAUUUGUUGCAAGUUGAGCAAAACGUCAUAAUAGGUCAUUUCGUUCAUGUUUCCAAAGUACUACCGACCUCCAGGGUCAAAAUUAUAUUUAGGCUCGUAGAUUUUUGAAAAUGUAUUUUGCCCCUUCAAUUUUGAAGAUAGGUCACACCUACUCAUGACCUUUUUUCUUAAAGUUAUUAGUGGUACCCGGUCGUAUCCAAAUCUGAAGUUUGUUCCACCACUCCCUGGACAUCCUGUAUAAUAGGUACUACUGCUGACCAAUACUCUGCCAGUAACUAAAAAUUAUGUGUGAGAGUGCUCAAUACGGUUGAAUCCUGAGGUAUUCGGUGAUGAAGGGAGUCGAGGGAAAGAGAGAUAGCGGUGUAGGAACGAUGGUAGAAAAGGUAGAAAGAUGGAAAACGCGAGUGUAAGAUAGAUUGAGAGUGAGAUGACUGGUUUGCGAGACUAUAUUGGUUCCCUAGCUUGACCUUGAAAAGCAUCAGCAUCUGGUUCUGUUUCCUUUAUUAUUCGUUCAGUGUCGCAACGUCACAGUGACGUCACUUGACGGACAGCAGUGCUGCUGUGCUGUGAUUGGCUGAAAUCAUUCAUUUUGCAUCAAAGAUGGCCGACCGAUUUCAUCUGAGCGAAGCGCGUAUAUGGAUUCCUUACUUGGAAACUGGUCAUGCUGAAAAAUACGCCUCUCUGAUUGGCUGUAGGAAGGAACGCGCUACGCUGUUAUCAGUUAUCAGUUACAUACGCGAUUACCAAUAAUUAAUAAAUUACCUAUAAUAAUAAUACAAUUUUAAAUUUGCAAGACUUUUAUUGUACAUAUAUAUAUUGGCACAUUUGAAAGAGUUUUCAUAUCUAUCAAUUUAAUUGAACAAAAACCAUUUGCCGGUGAUUUGCUUUAGCUAAAUGUAUUUAGUGAAUCAACAGUUCAACACAAAUGUAAUGCAAUAAGCGAGAUUCACAUCCUAACCUAAUGUGUAAAUGUGUAAUGUACUUGUAAAAUAUGGUCACUACUCCCAAGUCCAAACUUUACACUAAUUCACACUCAAUAUCAAAUAUCAAAAUCCGCCUUAUCACACGCAUUUGCUCGCUGCAUUACGUACAUUAUACUAUACUUGAAUAAGGCCAAAGAUGUGUUUAUUUCACCAGGAAACAAAUACUAAUUUGACAUCACAACUUCCUCGCGAAAGUUGAUAAGUAACAUGUCUUGUCAAUAUGUGCAAAUAACAAGGGCUGUCCAAGAAUUUUUCUAUAUCGACUCCGUUAUUUAAAAUAAAAUUAGCACAUUGUGUUUGCGUUCCUUUUUCAAAAAAAAAAAAAUCCUCUAUUCUUUAAUGUUAAUAUUUCAAGUAACACAUUUUGACAUUUUUCAUCGAUUUUUGGAAUUAGGAAAAAAAAACAUGAAUAAUUAAUUAUUAUUAUUAUUAUUAUUAUUAUUAUUAUUUGCGUUAAUUGCGUUUCACUUCACACUUCACAAACGCGCGAUGAUAACAUGCAAAAUGCUAACUCCUUAGAAAACGCCCACUGGCAUUUUGGCCAAUCAUAAGGCAGUAUUUUGUAGCAUGACCAGUUUCCAAGUAAGGAAUCCAUAUACGCGAGUGGGCGCUAUUGAAAUACACUUCACUUCUUUCUUCUGUCUACUUGUAUAGUGUGUACUACGUGUAUGUAAUCAACUUCGCUGUUGUUAUUUUUAUUGAUAAAUGAUCAAAAAAUUGUUAUCGAAGUGAAUCAAUUGUAGGUAUAUUUAAUGCAGUUCUGAAAGUCACCCACAAUGGAUUCCGGAGGAAUGCACGAAUCGCAAGUUCAAAAUGAAAUACCCUCGGAUGAGUUUGUGCUGCAUCCCAGAUUGCCAAGCUUACAAGAGAUGGCGUACAAUCAAAUAGCCAUCGCAGUGUGGUAUAGAUACAGUUUAACUCCAAGCCAACGACAACGCUAUGAAGGAUUUCAUCAUGAUGAUUGGGCGACUAUGAAACUAGAACUAAUGGAUUGCGAUAAACUGAUAAAAACAUUGGCAAUACCUCGACUCACGAAAGAAAACUUGAAAAAAUAUGUAAAGAGAGUUCGCGAACAAACAAUUAGUUGCACCGUAUACUUCAGAUACAAAUUAUUAUCAGGAAAUUUGGAGGAGUAUAGAAUACCUCAAGUUGAUUGGGAGUAUUUUGUGUGGCGUCCAGAUGGUAAAAUCAAUUUUAAAAGCACUGCCAUUAAAAUGCUACAUUCGGGCGUGUUGACUGAGGUGCAGAAGUUCGCCAUAAUGUGCAAUUUCUGCCUGGAAAAUGAGAUCAAAAUCUUCGAUCUGAAACGCCUUCCUAUGGAAACCUUCAUCUCAAAAGUAAUUAGAGACCGUGAUCCGUUAUUUUUGCACUGGUUCUGCUACCUGGAGAACGAAUCAUACAGAAUUACACCACACCCAUCCUUUCGUUCAUAUGGUAAUCAUUUUUUCUGGAAUAGUUUGAGUGCUGAAGAUCAAGUACCGUUUAUGAGUGACCGAUUACGUACAUUCGAGCGUUCUUACUGGCAUGAUAGCUGGUUUUACAACAUGUCUCAUGAUGAAUUAACAAAUUUACUGUUCCAUCAACCGGUUCCUGUGAUAUUAGUUUUUAUCAAAAAAAUAGAAAUGCUUGAGUGGGCAAUUAUGGCUUGGAAGCGGUGUAAACAUAGGAUAUCUAAUGAGCAAUUCGUCGAGUUGUUGCACAGCCUACUUGAUCGGUCUUACCUUUUUCGUAUCCAUAAACAAGAGCACAAAAUGAGUGUUUUAUUGGAAAUCUGGAAUACGGCCAACGAUCACCAUAAGAAUUAUGCUGCUAGACAGGCAAGAUUAGGAGAAGCUGUCCUCAAUCUACUGGCUGCAGAUCCUGAUACACGUGUCUGGAAAAAACUAGCACCCAGUUGUUUCAAGUUUCUACUGAAAUUUUUAUCUUUGACCAGUGCGGAUUUCAGGAAAAAUCUGAUUCCCCGAGGUGACCUCUCAUUUAUUUUUUAUUUUGAUUUCCACGUGGUACACGAAAUAUUUGAGUUAUGCUUACCAAAUUCCCAAGGUAAGACGGAAUUGAAAAUUAAUGAUCCGAGUAACUACAGAAUUCGUCCUUAUUUUUGUAAAAUUUUAUACACUGUCGAAGAUCGGGAUGAAUUGAAUAGAAGAUUGUUGCGUUCCGUUCAAAACUUGAAUAUUCCUUCAAAAGAUAUUCUGCAAAAAUUCAUCGAGUCAUUGAUUGUAGCCAAUAAAAGAGAAUACAAAACUCAUUAUCCCUAUAAUAGCAAUGAUGAAUCUGAUUUUCUCGGAUUGAGUAAAUUCAUUAACAAAAUUCUGCAAGAAAAUGUAUCUACAGUGUUGAAAAUGAAAGAAUCGUACUUUGCUUCAUUAAUUUCUGCCACCAGUGAUCCGUAUGAACGCUACUGUAGUUUGAAUGAACUGAGCAUACUCAUUGAGCAGGAGUUUGUACAUGAACAUCAACAAGUAUUAAAACACCGAUUAGUUAAAAUACUCCAAAAAACAAGUGUUGAACGAUGGGUUUGGAUUAUGCAGUAUUAUGGAAUUUACAAACGUGUUUUUUCGUGGUGCUUUGAAAAUGACGAAAAAAUGUUUCUGCAAGUUAAACGUUGCAUACCAAUUAAACAUAUUAUUCGUGAUGUUUCUAAUAGAACUGCGCGGGGAUUCGCGUCUUUCAUUAUCUUGAAGAGAUUUCUGUUGUGGUACUUCUCCGAUAUGGAGGAAGAAUUUAUAUCUUUUAAAUUAGGUAUGAGGAAUGAUUACUUGGAGAGAUUUCUGGAGUGGUACUUCGUCGGUGUACAGAAAGAAAUGCUAUCUUUUAAACCACGUAUCCUGAUGAAUCGUUCUGAUCAAGUAUUAGAACUCGUACAGGAAUUGGACAAGCAGCUUCCUAGAAAAUUUUUGCAGUGGAUGGGCCACCCUGUUGAUCUCCGUUUUAAAAUAAGUACCUAUGACAUCGUAUCUUUUUUAUUUUUCAUUUGUUUUGCUAUUUUUGCCGUAGUAUAUGUUCACCCUUAAGCUAAUAUAUUCAUAGGUACCUAUACAUAAUGUCUUUAGCUCAUAAGUAUAUUAUGUUCUGUGAUAUAAGGCGUUUCAAUUUGUUAGACAUCGACGUAUGUAUCUGUAAAAUUCUAAUUUCAAAAGCAUCUA